AUCAUGGCCAAGACGUCGGAGCCCCGCGCGCCCUUUGAGCCCCGGCCUGGGGCGGUAGAAGCGGAUGGCAGCCAGGGCAAGAAACUGCUCAACCUCUGCUCGCCGCUGCCCUGUAUGAUCCCCCUCCAACCCCUAGGCUACGAGGUGCCGUCCAAGACGCUGCUCAGUUACUCGGAGCUCUGGAAAAGCAGCCUCCGGGCGGGCGGCGGUGGAGGAGGAGGAGGAGGCGGCGGCGGCGGGGGGGCCCCGAACUACCUGGACUCGACCGCGUACCCGCCGUCUGAGCUCCUCGGCGGCCACCUCUUCCCGUCCGGCCUCCUCAACGCGCAGGCCCCUGGCGCCCUGGCUGCGCACCCCAAGCUCUUUCUGCUUGAGAAUGCCAAGCUGGCCGGCCUGGCUGCGGACAAGUUCUCCCAUCCCGCGCCCUAUCCCCAUAAGGAGCGCUUGCCCGCGCCGCUGGAGCAGGUGCUGAAGGAGAACUCAGCCCUGACCGCUGAGCGCGGCGGCGUCAAGGGCCACAGCAAGUUGCCGGGGGGCUCCACAGACGGCAAGCCCAAAAACUUCACCUGCGAGGUGUGCGGCAAGGUGUUUAACGCUCACUAUAACCUCACCCGCCACAUGCCGGUCCACACCGGAGCCAGACCGUUCGUGUGUAAAGUCUGCGGUAAAGGCUUCCGCCAGGCCAGCACGCUCUGCAGGCACAAAAUUAUCCACACCCAGGAAAAGCCGCAUAAAUGCAACCAGUGCGGCAAAGCCUUCAACCGCAGCUCCACGCUCAACACGCAUAUCCGCAUUCACGCGGGCUACAAGCCCUUCGUCUGUGAAUUCUGUGGCAAAGGCUUUCACCAAAAAGGGAACUACAAGAACCACAAGCUGACCCAUAGCGGCGAGAAGCAGUACAAAUGCACCAUCUGUAACAAGGCCUUCCACCAGGUCUACAACCUGACCUUCCACAUGCACACGCACAAUGACAAGAAGCCUUUCACGUGCGCCACUUGCGGCAAAGGGUUUUGCAGAAACUUUGACUUAAAGAAACACGUGCGCAAACUCCACGACAGCGUGGGCCCCGCUGCCCCCUCCACAAAGGACCUGACUAGGACAGUGCAGAGCUGAGAGCUGCUGCCUCGCACUCCUUUCCCGACCCGUGCCACCCUAAACAGAUCACACGUAUAAACUUAUUUCUAAAAUUAAAAGAAAAAAAAACUAUAGCAGAGAGGCUAAAAUCUAUUUAUCGAAACCAGCAUAUUUUUGGAAAGCUAAACGUUUCCUCGAUGACUGGCAGCAAACACGUGGCUCCCACCUUUGCAUAUUCAGGAAACACUUAAAUCCAGUGCGCCUAAACGUAUAUAAUUCCAGGCCUCGCUUCUCCUCUGGCAGCCGGUUUUGACCCCAGCCUGUCACCGUGAGUGCCCCAGAAGAGCGGGGUGCCCCCAGUCAUCUUUAUACAGCCAUGUAAAUCCUCCUGUACCAGCGAACACGGAAUAUACACAUAUAUGUGACUCAAUAAACAGAAUCACUAGUGCGCGUUUUCUUUCCCCCUUCCCCCUCGCCUGGAGGUCAUCAGAACAACCCCAGAGAACAAGAAGGAAAUGGGCGUUUAUAGUAGUUUCUGUCUUAGAUGCAACUUUAUUGGGGGCCCUGGGGUCACGGUGAGGCCAAACUUGUGUUUCUGAGGCCCUUGUCGGUUAAGGCCCCCAGGAACGAG